GAGCUACCGACUCCCGGAGACACCUGUGUGGCUGCGAGGGAGAGCCAACAUGGCGGUCCAGGCUGAGUUGAGUUGCUUGGAGAGUUUUCCCCCACACCUGGGUCCUCUGGACGUGUUGGCGUUGAAAGGUCCCCUGGAAUCUGUUUUCCAAAAUGACACCGACCCACCGACCGUCCUCUUCACGCCGCACCAGCCUCCGCCCCGUGACGGGACGGGCAUUUUACUGCGACUUCACCCGACCACCGCGGAGGAGCUCAGCGGCUGCGGGGGGAGAGACUGUCCGACAGCCGACAGCGAGCCCGGACUGCGGGUCCGUCUCUUCGCCAGCAAGCUUUUCCUGAGGCACUACCGGCUCCAGCGGCACUCAGACGCGGGGACCGUCAGGCCUCUGGAGCCGGUCGGCCUGGAGAGAGUGGUGCUCGGAGCCCGCAGCAGGCAGAGCCUCCGCUGGGCCGGCGGGGAGCAGUUCGCCGGCGGACUGAUGGAGCUCUGUCGCUCGGGACGGGAGCCGCUGGCCCGGCAAGGAGACCCGCUUCUUCUGCCCCAUCACCCGCUGUUCGGGGAAGACAAGGGCCAGGUGCAGCAACAGCUCCUGGAGCUGCUGGUGCUGGACUGCAGUCCUGUGAGGCAGGGGAGGAUCACAGCCAGCACCUCUCUGGUCCUGACCGACUGCUGGGACCCCGUGGUGGACCCCCCGGGCCCCCCUUCGCCCUGCAGGCCUCUCAGACUGUGCGUGUCGGACUUCGCUCAUUACGCCGACGGCCUCGCCGGCUCACGGUCUCUCCUCGACGGCGGGAGGCGCCCGGGCCCCGAGCUGCCGCUGGAGGCGUCGGAGCGCAGGUUGGAGGUGCGCGUGGUGGACACCCAGCGGUGGAGCGGGGUCAAAGGCAGAGCCGGGGCGCCCGUGGACGUGGACGGCUGUGUGUUCAUGAGCAAACAGCUGCUCCUGAGACUGGGGCUGUUCAACCACGAGUGGCUGAGGCUGUCCAGGCCCGCGGGGGGCUGCAGGGGGCCGGCGGAGGAGGCCGACGUCAGAGCGCCCCCCCGCAGGGAGCGUCCCGUCUCUGCGGUGGUGGUGGAUCUAACCCAGAGUCCGGAACUGAAGCUCCACCAAGACGUGGGUUUGGUAUCGGCCACUCUGUGGUUCAACGUGAGCGAAGGAGAGGCGGCUCCCUUGAAGAGCUGCACGCUGAGGAUGAAGAGGUGGAAGGCGGCCCCCGCGGAUCUCAGCCAGCGCUCUGCCAGCUUCUGCCGCUCGGCUUCUCUGCCGUUUGCCAGCGAGCUUCACAUCCAGCCGGUGGUCUCCCCGCAGCACUCCCACCCUGGCUGCCCCGACAGCCUGCUGGCCGAGCACUUCAGCACCCCCCGAGUGGUUUCACAGGGAGACAUCCUGAGCGUUCCUGCUAAGAAGCACCCAGACCUGCUGGAGGACGCUGCUGAGGGGCUGCCCAGGUGUCCGGUUCUGUACUUUAAAGUGCAGAAGGUGCUUCGUUCUGCUGCAGACAGAGAGGAGGAAGGAGGAGGAGGAGGAGCUUGUCUGGCUGAUAAAACUCACACCUCCCUCUACAUGGGAGCGUCCACCAACAGCCGUGUCCCCUACUGCUGCGUAGAGGGAGAAUCUCUGUGGAGCAGCCUGUCUCCUCCAGGCCUCAACAAGACCGUGGACCUCCUCACUGGCCUCAUCCUGCCUCACCUGCAGCACAGGGACUCUCUGUCUGCCUGCACAGUGCUCCUCCACGGUCCUGCAGGCAGCGGAAAGAUGACAGCGGUCAGAGCGGCGAGUCGCAGACUGAACCUCCACCUGCUGAAGGUGGACUGCGUGACGGCGUGUGCAGACACGCCUGCCGCCGCAGAAGCCAGGCUGUCAGCGGUGUUCCAGCGAGCCCACGCCCUGCAGCCGUGCGUCCUGCUGCUCAGAAACCUGCAGCUGCUGCUCAGAGCGCGGGGGGCUGCUGAAGACGAGGGCAGGGUCCAGGCUGUUCUGUGUCAGCUGCUCGGCAGCGCCCCCACCAGUGUGGUCGUGGCGGCCACGGUUUGCAGAGCUCGGGAUCUCUCUGCUGGCGUCGUGGCGGCCUUUGUCCACCAGGUGGAGAUGGAGAGCCCCACUGAGGAGCAGCGGCUCGCCAUGUUGGUCGGACUGAGUGGAGAACUUCCUCUGGGGAGAGACGUCAACCUGGAGAGGCUGUCCAAACUGACUGCGGGUUUUGUGCUGGGGGAUCUGAGCAGUCUGCUGGCUGAAGCUGGAAGAGCUGCCUGCAGGAGGCUGGUCCAGACCUGUGGUGGCCGGCAGCAGGAGGACUUGUGCUCCAGUGGGGUGACCAUCGUGAACCAGGACUUCAGCUGCGCCCUGGAAACUCUGCAGGACGCCCAGUCUAAGGCCAUCGGCGCCCCAAAGAUCCCUAACGUGUGUUGGGAGGACAUUGGAGGUUUGGAGCAUGUGAAGAAGGAGAUCCUGGACACUGUGCAACUUCCCCUGCAACGUCCUGAGCUCCUGUCCCUGGGCCUAAACCGCACGGGGAUCCUGCUGUACGGACCGCCCGGGACAGGGAAGACUCUGCUGGCCAAAGCCGUGGCCACCGAGUGCUCCAUGACCUUCCUCAGUGUCAAAGGUCCAGAGCUCAUCAACAUGUAUGUGGGUCAGAGUGAAGAAAACAUCAGAGAAGUGUUCCACAGAGCGCGCUCCGCAGCUCCCUGCGUCGUCUUCUUCGACGAGCUGGACUCUCUGGCCCCCAACAGGGGCCGCAGCGGAGACUCUGGAGGAGUGAUGGACAGAGUUGUGUCUCAGCUGCUGGCUGAACUGGACUCGCUGCAGUCGUCUGCUGGAGUUUUUGUGAUCGGAGCCACAAACCGUCCUGAUCUGCUGGACCAGUCGCUGCUCAGGCCCGGCAGGUUUGAUAAACUGGUCUAUGUUGGGAUCAAUGAGGACCGGGGCUCCAUGCUGCAGGUUCUGGAGGCCAUCCUCAGAAAGUUCCGAUUGGAGGCUGCUGUGAACCUGCAGGACGUAGUGGAUCAGUGCCCCGCUCACAUGACUGGCGCCGAUCUGUACGCGCUCUGUUCGGAUGCCAUGACGGCGGCCAUCAAGAGGAAGAUCUGCCUGAUCAAAGAUGGUCUGGAUUCAGAGGACUCCCCCAUUCUCCUUUCUGUAGAGGAUUUCUCUUCUGCACUGAAAAACUUCAAGCCUUCAGUUUCCGAGAAGGAGCUGCAGCGAUACCGGAACAUUCACCGGGAACUCUCUGGAAAGUAGACGCCCUCUGUGAGGAGUCGGGUUUAGCUGCUGAACAACCAGCUGGAUGAUGGAGAAUUAGAAAAUAUCACUGUGAAAAGCACUAAGAUGUGAAUGAUGUGAAGAAAAUGUCAUGUAUAAUGGAGCACAUGUUAAUAAAGAUGAGUGAAAAAACUCUAGACACAGA